GUCAGACCGGGUGUCAGUCAGCGGCUCUCUAGAGUGGAAUAACAGUAGCGCUGUGUGUGUGGCGAGUCAGUGCGCCGCUGUGGUCAGUCAGUAAUGUCAUCAUUAUCAGCUCUCGCAGCUCAGCUCAUGGCAAAGAUGAAGCCGGACUCGGACUCUCUCUGAUCGCUCCAUCCAGUUUCCAUUCAGCCCAAACGUGCCCCAUGUAAACAGGGCAAACAAGCGCGGUGCAUUUGCCCACUUCUAAUAUGGCGGCGCUCAGCCCGGUUAGAUCGCUAACGGCUGUUUUUUUAAUAGUCACGGGCGCUCUGAUAAACCGCUCGGAUUGCAGAGAAGACGCGGAGGAGACUGUCAUCAUCGGCCUGCGACUCGAAGAUACGGACGACGUGUCUUACAUGGAUAACGGAUACUUGCGGGUCAGUGAGCGAUCGCGCGUCAGGUUGCGGGUUUACGGGCAGAACAUUAAUAACGAGACCUGGUCCAAGAUCGCCUUCACCGAGCAUGCGCGCAGCACCGUGUCCGGAGGAUCGGACGGUCUGCUGGGCUUCAGUCACGGCGAUCCGACUGUCCUCCAUCCUUGUGGCGUACGAUCGUCUGAUAUCAUUAUUCUUCCCAAAGUAGAAGUGAGCAGAAGAACCUCCGGCAUCAUCGAGAUAGACGUGAAACCUCUGCGUAAAACCGAGAAGAGUAAACUCUACUACAUGUGCAUUGCUGCUCCCACACCUGAUGCAUGGUCCGAAAGCACCUGGGUCUACCAUGAGGGCCAUGACACCAAAGUCCUCGUCGUGGAGGAGAAGAAGUUCCUGAUGCCUUUCUGGCUUCAGGUCAUAUUCAUUGCCAUGCUUCUGUGCUUGUCUGGCAUGUUCAGCGGACUCAACCUGGGUCUGAUGGCCCUUGACCCCAUGGAGCUCAGGAUAGUCCAGAACUGUGGCACUGAGAAAGAAAAGAACUAUGCAAAUAAGAUCGAACCAGUGCGCAGUCAAGGGAAUUAUCUCCUCUGCUCCUUGCUUUUGGGUAAUGUUCUGGUGAACACCACUUUAACCAUUCUACUAGAAGACAUCGCAGUUUCUGGUCUGAUCGCAGUGGUGGUGUCUACGACCGGAAUUGUGAUAUUUGGAGAAAUCGUACCACAGGCGAUAUGUUCCAGGCAUGGACUUGCUGUUGGUGCAAACACUUUGCUCUUAACCAAGUUCUUCAUGAUCCUUACAUUCCCUGCAUCCUAUCCUGUCAGUAAACUUUUAGACCACGUCCUGGGACAGGAGAUAGGCACGGUGUACAACCGAGAGAAGCUCCUGGAGAUGCUCAGGGUCACAGACCCAUACAACGAUCUGGUUAAAGAGGAGCUGAACAUUAUACAGGGAGCUCUUGAGCUCAGGACUAAGACCGUCGAGGAUGUUAUGACACCGCUCCGAGACUGCUUCAUGAUUGCAAACGAUGCGGUUCUCGAUUUCAACACUAUGUCUGAGAUCAUGGAGAGUGGGUACACACGCAUUCCCGUGUUCGAGGGGGACAAGAGCAACAUUGUAGACCUGCUCUUUGUAAAGGAUCUGGCCUUUGUGGAUCCAGAUGACUGUACCCCACUGAAAACUAUCACAAAAUUUUACAGCCACCCACUGCACUUUGUCUUCAAUGACACCAAGCUGGAUGCAAUGUUAGAAGAGUUCAAGAAAGGUAAAUCUCAUCUAGCUAUAGUCCAGAGGGUGAACAAUGAAGGAGAAGGAGACCCUUUUUAUGAAGUAUUGGGUAUCGUCACGUUAGAGGAUGUUAUUGAGGAGAUCAUUAAGUCUGAGAUUCUGGAUGAGACGGAUUUGUACACUGACAACAAGACUAAAAAGAGGAUAACUCAUCGGGAUAGGAAGCAGGAUUUCUCAGUGUUUAAGCAGACAGACAACGAAACUGGAGUCAAAAUAUCACCGCAGCUACUACUCGCUACCCUGCGUUUCUUAGCAACUGAGGUAGAUUCAUUUGGCCCAGCUCAAAUGUCAGAGAAAAUCCUCUUGCGUUUACUCAAGCAUCCCAACGUGAUCCAGGAGCUCAAGUAUGAUGACAAGAAUAAGAAAAUGCUAGAGCACUAUCUCUUCCAGCGGAACAAACCCGUCGACUAUUUCAUUCUUAUUCUCCAGGGAAAGGUUGAGGUUGAGGCUGGCAAGGAGGGAAUGAAGUUUAAAGCUGGACCCUUCUCCUAUUAUGGAAUGAUAGCUUUGACAUCAUCACCAGUUCCACUCUCCUUGUCUCGAACCUUUGUAGUGAGCAGGGCAGAGUCCCUAGCAGGAUCUCCAGAGAACAAGUCACCUCCCCGACCUUUCGGCCUGAACCACUCGGACUCUGUUAACCGAAACGACCGAUUGGAAGCCAUCACUCCCACCCUGGCCAGCAGCAAUAACCAGCUCAAUGCUUUCCUGCAGAUCUACGUGCCAGACUACUCUGUCCGAGCAGCCUCGGACUUGCUCUACAUUAAGGUGACCCGUCAGCAGUAUCAAAAUGCUCUCAUGGCGUCUCGGCUGGACAAAACUCCUCAGUCCACCGACAGUGAAUUCCCUAAGAUAGAGCUGACUCUGACUGAACACCAAGACAGAUCGGGAGGCGAAUCGACCUCGCUGCUGAUCACACAGCAUAACUCGAAUAACACCUACAAAUCCAAUCACAUUACACACAGUGAUGGAACGAUAUAAACUGGAGGUAGGGGAGACAGCUAAGAGUUUUUUACACUGAGCAACUAGGAAGCUUUUACUGGGCAGCUUCUCUGGGAUCAAAUGCAUCCUGUGAUUUUAAAUGCUACUAUAGACCUUACUGGGAAUAAUAGAGCAUGGUUAAAUACCACAAACCACUAAAUGUGAUGUGAACCAGUGGGCGUCUCUUCUUUACUGAGCUAUGCUUGGUUCGGAAAGUGUUUACAUUCAACAGAAGAGAACACGAGAGCUUGACGGUGCCUAUAGUACUGUCCAUUCUCUAUUUACCCAAUGUUUUAACCUAGAGAUGGGCUGCCAGAUCACGUCCUCUCACAAUGGACUUGUAUUACAUUCUUCUACCAGAAAAGGGAAUGUCAAAAAUCUAAACAGAACAUAAAGCUGAAUUGAUUUAGCCUCAGUAUAAGAUUUUUUACAGACAUGCAACUGCAUGCAUAUAUUAACAGGGAAAUCCGACAAAGGGGGAGUUAGUGAUUGUUGUUUGUAGGUGAGAAAGUUUUGUGGUGAAGGAAGCAGGAACAACAGUUUUAGUACUAGAUUAGCAUUAACUUUACCUCAGAAUCAGUAUCAAAGCUAUGUGUAGAUAUAUGAAUAUCUAUUGACUAUGUUUAAGCAUGGUUGGCAUGAUAA